GAUGGAGGGAGAUGUAUAUGUGAGAGCGUUUGAGAUGCAUAAAGCAGUCCCAUCUCCCUAGCAGAGAGAGAGAGCUGGUUACUGGUAUACCAUUUCCUUUCUCCAUCUCCUAUCCUCCAUUCCAGCAUCACGCGUAUGGAACCAGUUCCAAAUGAUAAUGGCCAUCAAGACUACGACAUUAUCAGGUGGUUCGAAGAGGUAGCAGAGAAUGCAAGCUUUGUGCAGACCCAAACACUUCGACGAAUUAUCGAACUGAAUUUUAACACGGAAUAUCUGAAGAGAUGGUUGGGAAAUAUCAAAAUCCAAGACAUGGAAUCAAAAGAUUUGGAGUCUCUCUAUACCACUUUAGUCCCUCUUGCUUCCCAUGCAGAUUUAGAGCCUUACAUCCAGAGAAUUGCAGAUGGGGAUUCAUCUCCAAUCCUCACUCAAGAACCCAUCACGAAACUCUCCUUAAGUUCGGGAACCACAGAAGGAAGACAAAAGUACGCGCCCUUCACUAGCCAUAGCGCGCAGACUACUCUUCAGAUAUUCAGGUUGUCAGCCGCUUACAGAUCAAGGGUUUAUCCAAUAAGACCCAGACGGAGGAUCCUUGAAUUCAUUUACAGCAGCAAACAGUUCAAAACAAAGGGAGGCUUAACAGCAGCAACUGCCACCACUCACUACUAUGCAAGUGAAGAGUUUAAGAUCAAACAGAAGCAAACAAAUUCAUUUACUUGCAGUCCAAAGGAAGUAAUAUCAGGUGGGGACUAUAAACAAGCAACAUACUGCCAUCUCCUCCUUGGCCUUAUUUACUUUGAUCAAGUGGAGUUCAUCACCUCCACAUUUGCUUACAGCCUAGUGCAUGCAUUUACAACCUUUGAAGAAAUCUGGAAGGACAUAUGUAACGACAUCAAGGAAGGUACUCUGAAUCCAAGAAUCACAUCAUCAAGCAUGAGAAAUGCUGUGUUGGAGCUUCUCCUACCCAACCCAUCUCUAGCUUCAACGAUUGAAAAGAAAUGCAAAGAGUUAGAAGCCUUCCAAUGGUUCUCUGUGAUUCCUAAGCUUUGGCCAAGUGGAAAGUAUGUUUACUCCAUAAUGACGGGAACAAUGCUACCUUACUUGAAAAAAUUAAGGCAUUACUCUGGGGAUUUGCCUAUAGUGAGUGCUGAUUAUGGGUCCACCGAGAGUUGGAUUGGGGUUAAUAUUGAUCCUUCUUUUCCUCCAGAAAAUAUUACUUUUGCAGUAAUCCCCACCUUCUCUUACUUUGAGUUUAUGCCUCUUUAUAGACAGAACCCAGGAAGCACUUCGGCCAUUGAUGACUUUAUAGAAGCUGAGCCGGUGCCGCUCUCUCAAGUUACUGUCGGGCAGGAAUAUGAGGUCGUCCUCACCACUUUUACAGGACUAUACAGAUACAGGUUAGGGGAUGUGGUGGAGGUGGCUGGUUUUUAUAAAGGAACCCCCAAAUUGAACUUCAUUUGCAGAAGAAAGCUGAUCCUAUGCAUAAAUAUUGACAAAAAUACAGAAAAGGACCUUCAACUGGUGGUAGAGAGGGGGUCUCAGCUGCUGAGGCAGACAAGAGCUGAAUUAGUCGAUUUUACAAGCCAUGCCGACAUCUCCGAUCAACCUGGACACUACAUAAUUUACUGGGAAAUCAAGGGUGAAGUGGAUGAAGGUGUUCUUGAGCAGUGUUGCACGGAGAUGGACACAUCCUUCGUUGAUUAUGGGUAUGUUACGUCUAGGAGGACGAAUUCAAUUGGGCCCUUAGAGCUCUGCAUUGUGGAAAGGGGUACAUUUAGGAAGAUGUUGGAUCUCUUUGUAGGGGGUGGGGCAUCAUUGAGCCAGUUCAAAGCUCCUAGGUGCACUAGCAACCCAACUCUACUGAAAAUUCUCAAUGUUUCCACCAUCAAAAGGUUCCAUAGCACAGCUUAUGAGUGAUAGUGGAACUUAAACAUUUUGGUGUUUAAGCUAUCAAGACAUGAUAUCAAUAUAUGCAGAUUUGGUUUGAUCA